UAUAAUAAGAAUAAUGUUGCCGGAGUUUUAAUAAUUAUGGAAUUAACUAAAAGAUAGAGUAUUAAUAUAUAAAGAAUAAAUAUUUAAGACCCAUUGCCAAUAUAUCUUCAAUGUGUUAACUCUCACAAUAUCGCUUUUAAAAGUUAGCAUUUUGUAAAAUAUUAACUUGCAUGUUAUUAUGUUAUAGCUUAGUCUCCAUACAUUAGGCUGGGAGUGUAUGUUGGUAAUUUCUAUAUUCCAUUGAAAUUGAAUAAGAUAACACGAUGUAUUCCUAUUCAAAGUUAUUAUCUGUUUCCAAAUUGCUUCGAUGCACCUGUUUGAAAUCGUUAAAACACAAGUCUGCUGAGAAAGUUGCAGGACAAGAGAAAACUAAAAUAAACAGCUCAAUUAUUUUACCUAAAACAGAUUUCCCCCUGUGGUUAAAGGGGAAUAAAAGAACGCACCAAGAUGAAAAAAUUAUGAAUGAAUGUGGUUUUAACGAGUUAUACAACUGGCAGCGAGAGAAUGUCAAAGGAACAGAAUAUGUCCUUCACGACGGUCCACCAUAUGCAAAUGGGUUGGCACACAUGGGUCAUGCUAUCAAUAAGAUAUUAAAAGACAUCACCAUAAGAAAUAAACUCCUUCAAGGCCACCGGAUCCACUACAAGCCAGGUUGGGAUUGUCAUGGACUACCAAUAGAACUCAAGGCAAUGGCGGGUGAAAAUGUUGCAAAUCUCUCUCCUCUUACAAUUCGGAGUAAAGCCCGCAAGUUUGCCAAAGAAGCAAUAAGAGAUCAAAAAGCAGUUUUCAAGUCAUGGGGUGUUAUGGCUGAUUGGGAAAAGGAAUGUUAUUACACCUUUGACAAAUCAUACGUCAAAAAUGAGCUUCAGCAGUUUUUGAAAUUAUAUAAUCAGGGGAUAAUAUUUAGAGAUUUCAAACCAGUUUAUUGGUCUCCUUCCUCAAAGACAGCUUUAGCAGAGUCAGAGCUUGAGUAUAAAGAGGACCACGUAAGCACAUCAACGCACGUGCGUGUUCGCGUGACAAACGCUCCGGCUACGUGGGGUGAGGUGUAUGCAUUGUUGUGGACAACAACUCCCUGGUCACUACCAGCCAAUCAGGCCGUAGCGUACAGUCCCACCCUCGAGUACAGUCUGGUGACCAUAGAAGGUCUACAGGGACAUUACCUAGUAGCGAAGGUGCUCGUUGACGAACUGGCGUCAACCAUUGGAAAAAAAGUUUCUAUCACUAAUAAAGUUGAUGGAAAUGUGUUGCCGACAUUACAGUAUGAUCACCCUGUGUACGAUGGCAAGACAUUACCUUUCCUGGCCUCCGAGCAUGUAACAGCAAGCAAAGGGACAGGACUGGUACAUACAGCCCCUGCUCACGGACCUGACGACUUUAAAUUAGCUGUCAAGUACAACUUGUCCAUCACUUGUUUGGUGGAUGAAAAUGGUAGCUAUACAGCUGAAGCAGGAGAUGAACUUAAAGGAAAAGAAGUACUUACUCAUGGAACAGCAAAGGUGUUGAAUCUCUGUAAAGAGCGGGAUGUGCUGGUUCACAAGGAAAGUUUCAAACACUCGUACCCGUACGAUUGGAGGACUAACCUCCCAGUCAUUCUGCGAGCCAGCAAACAGUGGUUCCUGGACACUGCACAAGUCAAGCAGCAGGCUGUUGAGUGUCUUCAGACAGUGAGGGUAAUGCCAGAGAAAGGCCUGGCGUCGCUGACAGGGUACGUACAGAACCGUCCGUUCUGGUGCAUCUCACGCCAGAGGACCUGGGGUGUGCCGAUACCUGUCCUGUACACAUCCGACGGUCAACCUCUCAUCACACAAGAGCUGGUGGAUCACUACUGCAAUCUGUUGGAGUCCGAAGGAGAUGACUUCUGGUGGAGCAGUUCAGUAUCUAAUCUAGCUCCAGCUCAGCUGUUGGACAAGCUCAAUGUUUCCCCCAGUGAUGUGGAGAAGGGCCAGGAUGUUCUGGACAUAUGGCUGGACAGUGGACUGUCGUGGUCAGCAGCACUGGAAAGUGGUCAGUCAGCUGAUCUGUACUUGGAAGGUCUGGACCAGUUUAACGGAUGGUUCCAGUCGUCACUCAUCACUUCUGUCGCCCUCCGCAAGACGCCUCCAUACAAGACCAUAUUUUAUCAUGGAUUUGCAGUGGAUGAGAAAGGCAACAAGAUGUCCAAAUCUCUAGGAAAUGUUGUCAACCCACAAGACAUUGUUUAUGGAGGGAAGAAUACUAAAAAGCAUCCUAUUUAUGGCUUGGAUGUUUUGAGGUGGUGGGUGGCUGCUCAUGCGACACAACACACAGUUCCAGUCUCCGAGACCACGCUGUCCGACAGCAAGGCGUCUGUACAACGACUGCGGAUGAUCUUCAAGUUCCUACUGGGAACACUGGACAAACUGCCACCCCACAGCAAGCCUCCGUCUUUGAACCUCCUGGACAGUUACUUGUUGCAUUGUCUUCACAAUUUGGAGAAACAGGUAAUGGAAUACUACAACAACUUUCAAUACAACAGAGUUUGCCUAACACUCAUGAACUUUGUCGCCAAUGAAGUCUCUUCGCUGUAUUGCCAUUCAAUAAAAGACAGGUUGUACUGUGAUGAGGAGAACUCAGUGAGGCGUAGAGCCGCUCAGCUGGUUUGCUACCACACACUGAACACUCUCACACGACUGGUCGCGCCCAUACUGCCUGUUCUAGCUGAAGAAGUAUACAGCUACACUCCAGUCAAAGUGACAAAACAGCUGUUCCACGCCCUGGGGCCUUGCACACAACAAGCUUGGAAUUGUCCUGAAGUAGUUACAGUGAUCUCAACUGCCCUAAGUAUCAAGGAAGAGAUUGUACGACUUACACCUCUCAACUGCAACAGCUUGGAACUGGCAGCUAAGAUUGUCGCCCCUUCUCCUACCUACGAGAUUCUGAAGGAGCUCCAAGACACAGAAGAUAGCUACGACUCUGAACUGUCAGAGAUACUACAAGUAUCUAGAGUGACUUUAAGCCACAAUUCUGAGCCAGCUGAAAAAAGUACUGUAGAGGUUAGCCUGAUAGAUCUACAUCAUUGUGAGAGAUGUCGGAAGUACACGGCGCCUGCAGCUGAUCAACUCUGUCCCCGAUGUGAUAGGGUGUUUGCAGCUUUUAACUCUUCUGUGUAAAUAAAAUCUAGA